AUGGUUCGGAACGCGAAGAGCACCGCAUUUGCGGCGGUGUCCGGAUACUCUCUGCGGACCUUGAAAAUUCAGGUGAGGGAUGUACGUGGAGAUGUCGCGCCGGUUCGUACCCAUAUCCGCAGCAGGUCUCCAAGGAUUGGCUCUGAGGACCGGGGCGUGUCGGGUUUGGACGGGAAGCGGAUGCGGCCGGUGCCGGGCCUGGUCGAUGCUCGUUGCGUUCGCGCGCUUCGUGCUGAAUCCGGACCCGCGUUCCGGCCUUCCGCGGAUCUUCCUAGCCGUAAGGCCGCGACGGACGCGCGCUUCGCGGCGUGCGGCUCGGCGCGGUUCUGUACGACCGCCGUUCAACGGGGAUUAGGCGUGCACAAGCGUGCCGCGCAUCCCCUUGAGGCGAAUGUGGAGGCCGCUCCAAAUGCUGUGAAGCGCAGAUGGCGGGAGGAGGAGAUCGCUCUCAUGGCAAGGUCCGAGGCAAGGCUGACUAGAGAGUUGGGUCGGUGUGGGAAUGUUGAGCUGUUUAAUGCCCUUCCAGAGCUUGGUAGAACACUGGAAGCAAUAAAAGGGCAAAGGCGCAAAAAUGAGUAUAAAGAUAUGGUGCAAGCAUAUCUUCAGAACGCCCAUAAUAUUGAAUAUCCAAACCCAUCACCAGUAAGCGCAGACCAAAUACCAAAUGAUACGGAACAGCAACCUCAGUCAGUCGAACCCGAGUCCCCAAGUGUUGAGCGGUUGAGCACUCCACCUUCUCGCGUGGAUCCGCUUGAAAUAACCGAAAACCCCAAUGACGAAGCGUGUGCAACGAAUGCACUCGAGGACUUACUCGAGAGAGUGAGGAAGAGAGAGGCAUAUCGGGGCCGUUGUAGGAGGGGUGAGUACGAGGAGCGGCAGUACACCGACCAUUCUAACGGCUCGCGACCGCCUAAUAGGCGAAAGAGGCGAAGAAUGGAGUACGCUCGAGUCCAGGAACUAUGGAAGAGAAACCCUAGCCGGGUUGCUGAGGAGGUGAUCGACGGCGCAUGUAGAGACGUGAAGCACCAGCUGGAGGAAAUGGAAGCCUACUGGAGACCACUACUUGAAAGGCACCCCUUCACCGCAUCUGAGGUGAAGCAGGCAAAGGUUAAUCUGAAGUCUGCAUCGGGUCCCGAAGGCGUCAAGCCGGAGGACUGGCGUAAAGUUCCUGGUAAGAUGAAGGCGCCUCUGUUCAACGUUUGGAUGCGUCAGGGCGAAGUCCCCGAACUCCUACGGCAGUGUCGGACGAUUUUCGUGCCGAAAAAAGAGGUCCCUGCGGGACCGAGUGAAUAUAGGCCGAUUUCGAUCGCGUCUAUACCGCUACGGCACCUGCACACGCUCUUGGCGCGUAGGUUGCUCGCAUGCUGUCCUCCCGAUGUGCGGCAGCGCGGAUUCAUUUGUGCGGAUGGCACUCUUGAAAACGCCGCCGUAUUAGACGCCGUACUCGGGGAUUGCAGGAAGAGGUUGAGGGAGUGUCACGUGGCGGUCCUGGACUUUUCCAAGGCGUUCGACACAGUGUCACAUGUGGCACUGAUCGAUCUGCUGAGGCAAAGGGGGCUGCCCGGGCCCUUCUGCGACUAUUUAGCUCGCCUGUACCAAUCGGCAACAACGCACCUUGCUGUCAACGGUCGGACGAGCUCUCCUGUCAAGGUAGGACGAGGGGUUCGCCAAGGCGAUCCACUUUCGCCUAUACUUUUUAACAUGGCCAUGGACUUGGUGCUAGCAGCACUGCCCAAAGAAAUCGGCUAUAGACUGGAGGGGGAACGCGUUUCCGCUCUGGCUUUCGCCGACGACCUCGUCCUUGUGGCGGGGUCCAAAAUGGGUAUGCAAGAGGCCAUUGGCUGUGUUGAGAAGUCGAGUGGAUUAAUGGGCUUACGCCUGAACCACUCAAAGAGCUCUGUUCUCUCGAUGGUGCCCGACGGACACCGCAAAAAGCACCACUAUCUGAGCGAGCGAACGUUCCGUAUGGGCGGACGCUUGAUUAGACAGGUGACGUGUGUCGAACGUUGGAGGUACCUAGGGGUUGAGUUCGAGGCAACCGGAUCGACCACGCUGGAAGGAGGGAUCAAUGAAGCGCUGAAAAAUAUCUCGAAAGCUCCGCUCAAGCCGCAACAGCGACUACAGAUAUUAAGGGCGCACUUGAUACCCAAGUUCCUGCAUGGUCUCGUGCUUGGGCAGGUGAGGGACAACAGACUCCGCAUGCUCGAUGUACAGAUCCGGGGAGCAGUUAGAAGCUGGUUAAGGCUACCAGGAGACGUGCCGAAUGCUUACUUCCAUGCGGCAGUAAGGGAUGGGGGCCUGGCGAUCCCUUCUCUGCGGGCGGGCAUACCGGAUCUCAUAUCAAGGAGGUUCGGGAGGCUUAGUUCGUCGAGUUGGCCAGUGGCCGUGGCCGCCUCCAAAUCCGAAAGGAUUCAAAACAAACUGCGCUGGAGUAAGAGGCAACUCCUGAAGUACUCAAGAGACGAUCCCUUUGGGCCUUCACCAUCGGUGAGAGCCUACUGGCGUCAGUCCCUUCACGCCUCUGUCGACGGAUUCGAACUCCGCGAAGCCGGUCGAACCCCAGCAUCCACCAAGUGGAUGAGGGAGAGGUGCCACGGGAUAAGCGGACGCGACUUUGUGCAGUUCGUUCAUACGCACAUCAAUGCCUUGCCUUCGCGGGUAAGGAAUUCGAGAGGACGACGCGUGGGUCGUGAGUCGGAGUUGAACUGCCGUGCCUUGUGCAUGGUUAGGGAGACGACGGCUCACGUUAUCCAGCAAUGUCAUCGAACUCAUGGUGGGCGUAUCGAGCGACACAAUGCUAUUGCACGAUUAGUUGCGAACGCUAUGCGCGAAAAGGGUUGGUCGGUGAUUGAGGAGCCGAAAAUAAAAACCUUAAGAGGACUGCGUAAGCCGGACCUCAUAGCCUCUAAAGACGGUACGGGUGUCAUUGUCGAUGCACAGGUAGUAUCGGGGCGCAGGUCUUUGGACGACUCUCAUCGCGAAAAGUGCGCUAAGUACGGAUCGCAUGAGGAGGUCGUUUCGAAGGUUGCGGGACUUCUCGGUCUGCCCAACGCGAACGCAGUGACUGCAACCUCAUGUACCGUGUCGUGGCGUGGAAUCUGGAGUCCGCGCUCCCAUAACGAGCUCAGCUCGUUAUUGGGAAUAGACAAGAGGUCUAUGUCUGAAAUCCCUGUGAUUGCUUUGAGGGGCUCUCACAUGAACUGGGGCCGAUUCAACCGGAUGACGACAGUCUCGGCUGUCGGGUCGGCUGAUCGAGCAUUCAGUGACCAGUGA